GUCUAGUGCUGCUUGAGAAACGAAGGUGUCCUAAGUGUCUUUCUACCAGAGGCAGAGUAGAAGAUCUACUACCAAAUGUAUCUCUUAGGCAAGCAAUUGAACAUUUCCUUGAGUCUCAAAUUUUAAACACCGGUUUAGGCACUGCCUUUUGUCAAUAUGCUCCAGACGGUGAAUCUGGAAUUCAAGCAAAAGAUGUCUCUUGUGGUGUGACUAUCCUUCAAAGAGAGCCAGAGCCCUACUCUCCCAUUGCAACAGGGAGGGGAUCCAAUCAAAUUAUGUUAGAAUCUGCUUAUGACUUACAGAUAAAAAAUAAUACAUCCAUGGGUGGCAUUGGUAUCAAUCAUUCGGGUGUGAAGAAUCCUUUGAAAGCAUCACCCAUGUCACAUAAGAUAAACAAAAUGAAUGGAGAAUGACAUGACUCUUGUUAUCCUGUGGACAUCAAAAGUAGACCUGAGGACUUGGCUGCUUUUGAUGAUUUUCAAGGGGAAAUUUUGGCCAUGCACGAGGAAGGUGGAGACAAGCCUUUUAUGGAGUCUGGAAGAUACAGAAAGGGAAAGGAGUGUUAGUUACUCUGAGGACAGCUUCACUCAGAGGUCACAGAAGAAACAUCAGCGUGAUAAUUAUGUACAUGAUAACAACUUGGUUGAUGAAAGAUGUGAGAAGGGAUCUCAUCCCUCAAUUGCUGUUAGGGAUCUGAGGUCACAUCAUCACACACAAAGAUCAAGUUCAGAAGUAGAAGAUAUGCCCAGUAGCCCAAAGUGGCAUAGUAAAAGGAGGCAUGUACACCACCAUACCAGCUUCGAGAAGCACAGUGAAAGAAGGGAUAAAUGCGGAAGUGAUUCUAGUCGGAGUCACCAUCAAACUUGCAAAGAAAAAGAGGUUGAAAGAAAGAGAAAUAGAUCUGAUAUCAAACGGCAAUUAGAAGAGUGCACAUAUAUGAAACUUCUAAUUUGGAGAGUGCACUUUUUGCUUGCUUAUAUUGUUAAUUACAAUAGGUUUUAUAUCACCUGA